CAACACUUUCUGCCCUUCGAUGCUUGGAAAGGUUAUAUGGAGAUAGAUGGAGUUCUUUUACCGUACUAUUAAUUCACUCUGGACAAUAUCACUACACUUGAACUUGGAAUCGUAUAAUGUGAGGAACUUCCCAGAGAAAAAGAAGAAAACUACUAGCAAAUGGGAAAUUAUAAGUCUAGACCAACACGAACUUGCACUGAUGAAUGGAAGAAGAAAGUCAGUGAAUCUUACGUUAUUAUACUAGAAAGAUUAGAAGAUGACCUACAGAUCAAAGAAAUAGAACUUUCACAACUAAGGCAUAUAUUUGGUUCUGAUGAUGCCUUCGGCAAAGUCAAUUUACACUACCGCACAGAAAAUGGACUGUCUCUGCUUCACUUAUGUUGCAUUUGUGGAGGUAACAAGUCGCAUAUUCGCUCUCUUAUGCUGAAAGGGCUCCGCCCAUCCCGGCUCACAAGAAAUGGAUUUACAGCUUUGCACUUGGCAGUUUACAAGGACAGUGCAGAAUUGGUCACUUCCCUGAUUCACAGUGGAGCUGACAUACAGCAGGUUGGAUAUGGUGGCCUCACUGCCCUGCAUAUUGCUGUAAUAGCAGGUCACUUAGAGGCCGCUGAUGUGUUACAGCUGCAACAUGGAGCUAAUGUUAAUGUUCAAGAUGCAGUUUUUUUCACUCCCUUACACAUUGCAGCAUACUAUGGGCAUGAGCAGAUAACCCGCCUUCUUUUGAAAUUUGGUGCUGAUGUUAAUGUAAGUGGUGAAGUUGGAGACAGACCUCUCCACCUAGCAUCUGCAAAAGGAUUUUUUAAUAUUGCAACACUCUUAAUGGAAAAAGGAAGCAAAGCAGACGUGAAUGCUCAGGACAAUGGACAUGUUCCACUUCAUUUCUACUCUCGCUUUGGACACCAAGAUAUAGUUAAGUAUUUGCUCCAGAGUGAUUUGGAAGUUUGGCCACAUGUUGUUAAUAUCUAUGGAGAUACCCCUUUGCACCUGGCAUGCUACAGUGGCAAAUUUGAAGUUGCUAAGGACCUUAUCCAAAUAUCGGGAACAGAUCUGACUAAGGAAAACAUCUUCAGUGAAACAGCUUUUCACAGGUUCUGUUUUCUUCUCAUUUCAAACUUUCAUUCUGUAAUAGGAUUGCAUUCUGCUUGCUACCAUGGUCAUAUUCGUCUGGUUCAGUUCUUACUGGAUAAUGGAGCUGAUAUGAAUUUGGUUGCUUGUGAUCCCAGCAGGUCUAGUGGUGAAAAAGAUGAGCAGAGCUGUUUGAUGUGGGCUUAUGAGAAAGGGCAUGAUGCAAUUAUCACACUACUGAAGCAUUAUAAGAUGUGACGCCAAGAUGAGUUACCCUGUAAUGAAUAUUAUCAACCUGGAGGAGAUGGCUCUUAUGUUCCAUCUCCUUUGGGGAAGAUUAAAAGCAUGACAAAAGAGAAGGCUGAUGUUCUCCUACUGAGGGCAGGAUUGCCUUCACAUUUCCAUCUUCAGCUCUCAGAAAUUGAAUUCCAUGAGAUCAUCAGCUCAGGGUCAUUUGGAAAAGUAUAUAAAGGACGAUGCAGAAAUAAAAUUGUGGCUAUAAAACAUUAUAGAGCUAACACCUACUGCUCCAAGUCAGAUGUGGAUACGUUUUGCCAAGAGGUGUCCAUUCUCUGCCGACUCAAUCAUCCUUGCAUAAUUCAGUUCGUGGGUGCUUGCUUGAAUGAUCCCAGCCAGUUUGCCAUUGUCACACAGUACAUGUCAGGAGGUUCACUGUUCUCCCUCCUUCAUGAACAGAAAAGGAUUCUGGAUUUGCAAUCCAAAUUAAUUAUUGCAGUCGAUGUUGCCAAAGGUAUGGAGUACCUUCACAACCUGACACAGCCCUUUAUACAUCGUGAUUUAAACAGUCACAAUAUUCUUCUGUAUGAAGAUGGGUGUGCAGUUGUGGCAGAUUUUGGAGAAUCAAGAUUUCUCCAGUCUCUGGAUGAAGACAAUAUGACUAAGCAACCUGGGAACCUCUGCUGGAUGGCUCCUGAGGUGUCCACACAGUGCACACGCUACACCAUCAGAGCUGAUGUUUUCAGCUAUGCCCUGUGUCUCUGGGAGCUUCUCACAGGUGAAAUUCCUUUUUCUUAUCUCAAGCCAGCGGCUGCUGCAGCAGACAUGGCUUACCACCACAUCAGACCACCCAUUGGCUACUCCAUCCCCAAGCCCAUAUCAUCUCUGCUGAUGCGAGGGUGGAAUGCAUGUCCUGAAAGAAGACCCAUAUUUUCUGAAGUUGUUAACAAGUUAGAGGAAUGUCUCCGCAGGACUGAGAAGCUGCUACUGAUGUCUCCUGCAUCAAGUAACAGCAGUGGUUCUCUCUCACCUUCCUCUUCUUCUGAUUGCCUGGUGGGACGGGGAGGGCCCGGCAGGAGUCAACUGGCAGCUUUACGGAGUCAUUUUGAAUUGGAAUAUGCUCUGAAUGCAAGAUCCUAUGCUUCCUGGUCUCAGAGGACUGGAGAUUGCUGAACAUUGUCUCAAGGCCUGUCUUUGGAGGAAAUGAAAUGUCUUCAGUUCCCACCCACUGACAAAUAUGGCUACGUGUCUGAUCCCAUGAGCCCGAUGCAUUUUCAUUCUUGCCGGAAUAGUGGCGGCUUUGAGGACAGCAGCUGA